AUGCAGAGGGACGUGGUUUUCAACAAACCACUGACCGUCGUCAGGACUCAAGCCAAUGGCAUGACGGGCUUCCAGCCCAUCUCGGCUCUUCAGUUGUGGGAGCACACCUUCAGAAGUUUCCCUUCGCAACGUCUGUCUGAUAUUAAAACAGAAGACAUAGAAGAAGAAGAAGUGACUGAUAUAAAGGAAGAAGAUAUAGAGGGAGAAGAAGAGACGUAUGUGACUGAUAUAAAGGCAGAAGAUACAGAGGGAAAAGAAGAGACGUAUGUGACUGUUAUAAAGGCAGAAUAUAUAGAGGGAGAAGAAGAGACGUAUGUGACUGUUAUAAAGGCAGAAGAUACAGAGGGUGAAGAAGAGACGUAUGUGACUGAUAUAAAGGCAGAAGAUAUAGAGGGAGAAGAACAGACGUAUCUGAAGGGUGAUCAGCAGUGUAAGGAGGAGGAAAUCCCUAUAGAUAUCAGCACAGCAGAUGGACACACAAGCAGGAAUAUCUCAGAAGGACAUCUAAUGUUAUCCCCGGAUUGUAACAUAAAAGAUAAUGACAGUAGACAGGAUUCUCCAGGAGAUAACCCCAUUACCCCAAUUAUACAUCCAGCUCUAUCAGCUGAUCCCCCUGAUCCUGGGAAAUGUUCUCCUGAUCACUCUGAUAUUGGUGCAUCUGUUACAGCUCUGACAGUAGAUACAGUGUUUCCCUGUUCUAUAGAUGCCAAAUGUUUUACACAGAACACAAAGCGUAUUAACCCACAGACAGGUAAGGCAAGUGAAAGGCCACUGAUAUGUUCUGAGUGUGGGAAAUGUUUUACAUACAAAUCACAUCUUGUUAUACAUCAGAGAAGUCACACAGGUGAGAGGCCACUGACAUGUUCUGAGUGUGGGAAAUGUUUUGCACGGAAAUCACAUCUUGUUAUGCAUCAGAGAAGUCACACAGGUGAGAAGCCGUUUCCAUGUUCUGAGUGUGGGAAAUGUUUUACACGCAAAUCAGAGCUUGUUAAACAUCAGCGAAGUCACACAGGUGAGAAGCCGUUUCCAUGUUCUGAGUGUGGGAAAUGUUUUGCACACAAAUCAGAUCUUGUUAGACAUCAGAGGAGACACACAGGUGUGAAGCCAUUUUCUUGCUCUGAGUGGGAAAUGUUUUACACAGAAAUCACAACUUGUUACACAUCAGCAAAUUCACACAGGUGAGAAUAUGUUUUCUUGCUCUGAGUGUACGAAAUGUUUUACACGGAAAUCAGAUCUUAUUACACAUCAGCGAAGUCACACUGGUGAGAAG